AGAUAGGGUUCAUCUUACCAUUAUUUGUGAUGACUGUAAAAGCUCCAAUCAAAAUUUGCAACGUGCCUGCCGGACUACUUUCUAGUGCGAUUAAAAGGCUAAGCACACGGGGCUUGUAAUCAUCUUGGAGUGUGAUUUGAAUGGAAAUAAGAAUAAUGAAAAUGGGACGCUUCUCAUUGUUUUUAUUCAUGGUGUUGUUUGGGACACAGUAUGUGACGUCUCAGAAGACCAUGCCGGAUUGUCCUAGCGAGGAAGACGCGAUGGAUCACGAUCUUCAGAUACAAGCGACUGCCAGCAUGAAUAUCAGACUCAGAUACACUGCAGCUCUGUCAGCCCUCGAGGGCAACCUGAGCCGGGACAUAUUGGCAGAAUUAACGAGUGAUUCAAUAGAAGCAAAAGCUGAAGAGCUAGUGUCACGUGACAUUUUAGAAGCAGAUCUUGGACCAGUUGGUUCUGCUGCAGAUCUAGACAUAGCUUUGCCAUAUUACUGGAGAACGUGCCCGUAUAAGUGGUAUGUAUUGUGGCGUUAUAGAUGGUACUGGAGAUAUUGGUCCCUACAGUCUGAUGGUACAGUCAUCCUGGAAUACUGGUGGUCACCGUGGUGGGUUUGGGGCACAUAUUGUGGAGCAAGCCACUGUCACUGGAGCUACUGGCCGUUCACUUGGGUCGACUCUAGAUACAGAUGUUUCCCCGAUUACAGGUUGAUCCGUUUGCCAGUAUAUUGUUACAGAAUAGUCUUUAAUACGAGCAAUGGUAUCGAUUCUUUUGGGUGGCUACAAACAUGGAGAUGGAGGUAUGUAUGGGUACCUCGUGGAUGUUGCUGCAGGAAGUACUGGUGGUUUACAAUUUCAGCUGCCGCCACCUGUCCAGCAAUUCCAGCAGUUCCUUGAAGCACAGUCAUCAGGAAGAUUAUAUGGGAGUGACCAUUUAGAUAUCAAUGAGAACAAACAAAUUUAAAAAAAGCUAAUUAACUUACUAUUUGACAUCCAAACAAAAGUUGUAAUAAAUACUCUCAUGAAAACAUAACAA